GAUCUCGCGAAAGCGAAUUUGAUCAGGAUUCGAUUUAGUAGCCGCCUCCCUCCUCGCCACCCUCGAGAUUGGAGGGAGGGCACGCUCCUUUUUCCACGAUCGUUUCUUCUUCCCUCCCACGCCGGUGGUAAUCAGUUCCUUUCCGUGUGUGUUCCGUCGACCAAUGAGACGAGCCGGACGAACAUAUAACAUGUUCGAUGUCGCGUCCUGCAGAGCCCGCAGAGCGACAGUAGCAGCAGCUCGCGAUCGGCCGAAUCACCGAUGUCGGUCCAGGUGGACCCGAUGGCGGCAUCCGUGGUCGCCGCGGCUCUCACCGGUACCUACCCCACCUUACUGCCUCAGUGGUGUCUACCACCAAGGGAGGCGCCUCUCGUUGGGGUGCAGCCUCAUCAGGACAGUGCAACGCCAGCCGACCAACCUCUCGACCUCUCGGCCAAACCCAAAAAUUCUCAGGAUAACAACAUAUCUCUAUUGGAACAACAGAAAAUACCUCUGAGGAUGACAGCAGGUAUCGAUCCCAAGAGUAUCUUUAAGUAAGUAGUCCAUCCUUUUUUUUCCAUCGAUUCGACGCGAACCAAACGCGUUCGAUUUUCGCGUUCUCGUCAUGCACCGA